UUAGAGGGAUCGGACAGCUUCCAAGGAGAAACAAGAAGAACAGAUAGAUGACCAGUCAUAUUCUUAUUUAAAUAUUUAUUUCAAUCGUAAAUUCGACGAGCCUUGUAUCAAAUGCAGUCGUUUCUUUACAUUUGAUACAUAUGAUGAAGUGAUGCUCAUCGAGGAUCAUUCAUUUUUUGCACCGGAAAAUAAAACUCUCAGAACAUUGUACGAGCAGGGAGAAAAGUUACACUUAAUAGGGCAAAACUAUAACAAGACUGUACAACAUGGCUGUAUUCGAAAAGUAUUUCUACCACUUCAUGAUCCAUUCUGCACAUUGCUUAUACCAGUCCUUACCAAUCUUAUUCAAUGUUCUUGUUUUCAGAGUCCACUUCUACAACAGCCAUGUGACGCUGAUUUUGGAACGAAAGUACGCAAAGAAGGACCGAAAAUAGCUAUUGGUAUUACAUUGAUUUUUGUUAUUACAUGUCUUUUAUUUGUAUUGUGA